AUGAAGGGACAGAGAAUGAAGGGGCAGAAUAAAAGAGAGAAGGGGCAGAGAAUGAAAGGGCAGUAUAAAAGAGAGAAGAGGCAGAGAAUGAAGAGGAAGAAUAAAAGAGAGAAGAGGCAGAGAAUGAAGGGACAGCAUAAAAGAGAGAAGGGACAGAAUAAAAGAGAGAAGGGACAGAAUCAAACAGAGAAGGGACAGAAUGAAGGGACAGAAAAAAGAGAGAAGGGACAGAAUGAAGAGAAAGAAUAA